CUGUGAUUGUGCAUCCGCCACCUACGACGUCAUUUCCAUCUAUAUAUAAAUAUAUAUAAAUUAACUGCAACAGGUUCACAAGUUCGUUUUGGACGACUACGAUGCAACUUACAAACUGGCGAUACAAGUAUUAAGAGGACUCUGUCUUAAAUUAACAGACGAAAAAGAAUCAAAUACAACUAGUAAAAUACGUUACCUGGCAUUCUGGUUCUUGAUGCUGAAUAUAUACUUAUCUACAGUGCUGGAAACACUCGGUGUAAUAACGACUGCGUCAAGCGGAACCAUAAUAGACUUGUUUACUAUGAUGCCAUGUGUAGGGUAUCUUUUUGUGGCAAUAGCCAAAUUCUACAAAAUAGAACGCUACAAACCGGUGUUCAUUAAUCUGAUAAGUGAAUUGAGAGAAAUGUGGCCGGAAAACAACGUCACUGAUGAAGAACAAGUUAUUAUCAACAGCGCCUUAAAUCGACUCCGACUGGUUACUAAAACUUACUUCUACUGUAAUUUAAUAUUGGCUUUCAUCUUCACCCUGCCGGCCAACAUUAACCUUGUAAAGUCUCUGUUUGGUAUCGAAGUGCCGCGUAUUUUGCCUUUCGUCUACUGGAUGCCAUUCGAUCCGUCUAAGAAGGUUGUCUUUGAAGUAGUUCUCAUUGUGCAAAACAUACAUUGUUUCCUCUCUGCAGCCUACAUGUUAGCAGGAGAUCUCUUGUUCUUCGUAUUCCUCAGUCACAUCACUACACAAUUUUCCUUACUUGCUGUCAGGAUUCAAAAGAUGUUCUACGUUCCAAUUGAUGGACAGCUACCGGAGUCGUAUCCACUCGGAUAUUAUAACAAAGAAAAUUCAUUAAAUAAUCCAAAUCAGGACACAGCAAACAACAGAUGCAAGGUGGAAGAGGAGGAGCUCAAAAAUAUUGUUAUACGACAUAAAGCUUUAAUUCGAUUGUCAAAUGACGUUGAGAACAUGUAUUCGUUUUCACUUCUCGUGAAUUUCCUGAACAGCUCCAUAAUUAUAUGCUUCUGUUUAUUUUGCUGCGCGUUCGUUGAAAAAUGGAACGAGUUUAAUUACAAAAUAUUUUUCAUAACCGCCAUUUCUCAGAUAUGGAUUCUCUGUUGGUACGGACAGCAUUUGGUUGAUACUAGCGCUGGUGUCGGGGAGGCUCUAUAUAACAGCGCUUGGUAUGUAUCAUCGAACAGCAUAAAGAAAUCUAUACUUAUUAUGAUCCACAGAUCCCAGAGGCGAGUGCACAUAACGACUUUUGGCUUUUCAACAGUGUCAAUGGAAUGUUAUGCAACGAUUCUCAAAACAUCUUGGUCUUACUUUACUCUCCUAAUUAAUUUGUAUAACACAUAAUCAAUCAUAAAUUUCUUUUAAUCUAAUUCAUUAUCUUAAUUAUAACUAUCUUAGAAAGUCAGAAAAUAAGCUACAAUAUUUAAUAAGUAACAAAAUAAAAUUAAUAUUAUAUUCUUUACAAAAAAAAUAUUACUUUAGCUUAAUAAGAUUGCUUCAUAAUUUUUAAACCGGCUUGUGAUAUUUAAGCACCAUCUAGCUCUGACUUACAAUUUAAACAGAACA